UUGAUGACGGAGCCCAUCCGUGGACGCCACUUUUACCAAGCCACUUUUAGAAAAUGUUGUAUGGUUCCUGUCCCCAAGCCCUAUGAGAUAGUUAGAGUUGGGACUUCUCAUGGUGUUUUAAAGUUUAUCUUUGGCUUUGCCUGAAAUGGACAGCCGGAUUCCUUAUGAUGACUACCCAGUGGUGUUCCUGCCUGCCUAUGAGAAUCCUCCAGCAUGGAUUCCUCCUCAUGAGAGAGUGUACCACCCAGACUACAACAAUGAGUUGACCCAGUUUCUACCACGAAUUGUCACACUGAAGAAGCCUCCUGGUGCUCAGUUGGGAUUUAACAUCCGAGGAGGAAAGGCCUCACAGCUAGGCAUCUUCAUAUCCAAGGUGAUUCCAGACUCUGAUGCCCAUCGAGCAGGCCUUCAAGAAGGGGACCAGGUUCUAGCCGUUAACGAUGUGGAUUUCCAAGACAUUGAGCACAGCAAAGCUGUUGAAAUCCUGAAGACAGCACGAGAAAUCAGCAUGCGUGUGCGCUUCUUUCCCUACAAUUAUCAUCGCCAAAAAGAGAGGACUGUGCACUAGAGACUUGCAGCUCACAACUCUCCAUGUGGAAUCUGCCAGGGCAAGCUGGCUAGCCCUCCGAGAAGCCAGUCAUGACAUUCUACUCUCAGCACCUUCCUGGCUUAGUGAAUAGGGAGGAUGGGGAGACAGCAUACCAGCUGUGUUAUAUAUAAACUGUAUUGUAGUGGGAAUUCCCUAGUUUGCUAGGUGAGUUUCACAAAUGAGAAAGAUGAUGUCUAGCCUGUGGGGAAAGCCAGGUAGAAAGCAGCUGGCAUUUAUCAGGUACCAUAGAUUGGUCACUUCUACAGCUUAUUUUAUUUGUAGAAAUCAGUAGAAAAAAGCAUUCUUGGGGACCUUCCAUCUGAUUUUCCUGACCAUGCCAUCUAGUCUUUGUACAUAUACUUUGGAGUCCCUUACACUUGGGAGACUUCAAAGAGACACUGUUUUUGCCACUUCCUCCUUAUCUCCCCCAAAGUAAAAACACAAUACUGAAUAAAUGUGGCUGGAGUGA